AUGACGAACCAAGGUUCCCUUCCAGAUUACCUAACGAACCCGUCGAAUCCUCUUCACUUGCACUCUAGCGAGAAUCCUUCGUUGAUUCUUGUAUCUCCGCCUCUGAAUGGCAAGAAUUUUCAUUCUUGGCAACGAUCUAUGAAGAUGGCGUUGCGGUCCAAAAAUAAGAUCACCUUUGUUGAUGGAACAUUCAAGAUUCCAAAGAGCAGUGACUCAACCUUCGCAGCAUGGGAGCGCUGCAACAUGAUGGUGUUAUCGUGGAUACAUCAUUCAAUAGAACCAUCGAUUGCUAAGUCAAUCAUGUGGAUAGACAAGGCACAUGAGGUCUGGAAUGAUCUCAAUGGACGUUUUUCUCAGACUGACGUUUUCAAAAUUGGAGAUCUUCUUGAAGAUAUUCAUCGUCUCAACCAAGGAGAAUGCACUGAUCAUUAUGAAAGGAACCGAGUGAUAAGGUUCUUGAAAGGUCUAAAUGACCAAUUCUCUCACGUUCGAUCUCAAAUAAUGAUGAUGGAUCCUAUGCCAAACUUAAACAAGGCAUUCUCUCUGGUCAUCCAACAAGAACGGCAAAUGAACUUUGAAUCUGGUUCUGGCACAAUCAUGGAAACGAAAGCGUAUACUGCUAAUCAGCAAAGACCAAGGAAUUUCAAUUCAACUGGAUUCAGAGGAUUCAAAAAUAAAUAUGCAUCAGCUUCCGUAAAUGCAGCAGAUGUUAAUUCUGGCAAAGAAAUUGGCACGAAUGAUAAAGCUGGAACAGUAACAAUUAGUCAGGGAGAGUACCAGAACCUCAUUGAUCUAUUUCAACAGUCAAAGAUUGAAUCUUCAAAUGACAAUACUGAAGCUCACAAUGCACAUAUAGUGCAAACUACACAAGGAAUGGCUUUCAAUGUUGGUAAUGGUAAGAUCUCUAAUAACUGGAUUGUAGACACAGGUGCUAGUGAUCACAUGUCUUCAAUCCUUUCACAAUUUUCUUCUAUUAAGAAAAUCGAUCCAGUAACAAUUAUGCUCCCUAAUGGACAAAAGGUGACUGCACAAUUCUCAGGCACAAUGAUCAUUUCUAAUUCUUUGAAAUUAAUUGAUGUACUGUAUGUUCCUGUAUUUCGUGUGAACUUAAUAUCAGUGGCAUAA